UUUGCUCAGAUUUUCGCAUCAAGCCAUCAUGGUGGUAAGGGAAAAGAAAGUAAAACAAACUCCAGAGGAGAAAUCGAUAAACCUAACCCGUCGAGAAUCAAUGAAAACAGUGGAAGCUCGGUAUGCGGAACCACCACCAGCCUACUCUCGACCCCCGUCGGUUCAGACACCUUUUUCUAGCACAGUUGGGGGGCCUACUACAGUGACGGCCCCAGUACCUAUCGGAAAUUACAGUUUUGACCCUAGUCCGCUCGAACUUCCAACGCCGACUGAGUUUAUCACUCACCUGAAGCUGUUGCACGCAUUCGCCAAGUUGAGGUACGACAUCGGAAACCACGAUGGCUUGUAUGGGAUCAACUCAGAGAAGCUUGGGGAGAAAGCUCAAGCCAGCCAGCAUAACAAUGAACCACCACAGAAACACGAUCAGCAGCCCGGUCAUGUUCACGAGCAUAAUGUGACAGUGACAGCGAUACCCACGCCCGGACAUGCUGACGACGAGGUUGCAGCACGUGCGGAACGCAUACGGGACAAGCGCUGGUCAGUGUUUGUAGCAAGAGCUGUGGAUAGAUUUGAGAAAUGGUGGUCUUCCUUAUCAGAUUCUUCCCAAUAUUCCGCAAGUAUCUGGUAUACGCACAUCAAAAUGGAAGAUUUCGACACAGAAUAUGCGGGAGAUCGUCUCGUUUCCAGGUUUACUAACGAAGGUAAUGGCUUCGACAAUGAUGAGAACUUCUGCCUUCCCCCACUGGACGUACUCAUGGUCUGGCAUUCAUACUUGCUGAAUCCUAGAGUCUAUCUUGAGGAUUGCAUCCGACACAAAAAUCACACGCUUUGGCGAACGCCAUUCCCAUGGAAGCUCGUACACGACUCCAUCGACAACUUAAUGUUCGAAUAUCAUCCAAGUGAUGUACAGACAUUUGAAAAAACUGUCAAGCGUCCUUGGGAUCCGCUCGAAGAUGAGGCUAUGAAGAGUAUUACAUGUCCGCGUUGCAAAUCAACGAACGAUGUCCCCUGGACUCCAGCUUUAGCAACGACCUUUGAAUCGUACCUGACCUCCGACACGGGCUUCACAAGUCCCAAUUUUGAACACAAAUGUUCAUCUUGUGAUGAAGUCAUCACGCACGAGAAGCUUCGAGUAGGAAAAUUCAUCUUGGACGCUGAGAAUCUCUUGUUCAGUCAACGACCUCUUCCAGGCACUAUCCUCAACAUGUGGGGGAUGCCUCAAUGCACCACGAAAGGAAAGAGAAUCGAGACUCACGAUGCGUUCUUUCCCAAUCGCGUCAUCCUUCAGAUGCCUGAGUUCGCGCCGGCUCAUCUCCGCAACAACAUCGCAGCGCUCAGUAUUGCUGGCCUCAAGACACAAUUCACAACCGUGAUUCAGUCAAAGGUUAGCACCGAACUCAUCAACAAGGCACAAAAGCGGCCUAGUUUCAUAGCCAGAGGUAGUAGGAUUGCAGUCCGUAUGAUGCUGAGCCGUUAUUGGGAGAACUCAAGUGUAUUUGGUCUCGACUUAGUGGGUGCAACUCUCCGACAAGGUACGUUUGUACAGAAGAUGGUAAAACUGGACUGGAUGCAUAGUCCUAGCGUAGUGGCAACCGUCCAAAGAUCCAUCAUAAAAUAUCACCGAUUCGUAGGCUUGGCGGCAGAACAGCCGAAGAAGUCUGUUGUGCCAACCUUGGACGUCGACCUUGCGUGGCAUACGCAUCAGUUGACACCGAAGGUUUACUAUCGGUACACUCUCGCCGAGACCAAGAAGUUCCUCAAUCACGACGACAAGAUUCCAGAAUCAAACCUUCACACAUCCUUCAAAUGGACCUCACAAGCCUACGAGAAGAAGUAUGGGCAACCGUAUUCAGAGUGUUCGUGCUGGUACUGUGAAUGUAACCGUGAGCCUUUACGCUCGAACUUCCUCAGCAAAAUCAGUUCGCGACGGGCAUCAUUGAGUGUCGACCGAUUGGACGAGAAGAACUUCACGAAGGACCCGCAUAUCGGACCCCACAUCAGCUCCCAUAACGCACUGAGUAUUUCAGACAAACGAAGUGCUCAAGAGAAGAGGCGCGAACUUGAAGAGUUGGAUCUCCUAUAUGCAAAGGUUUGCAAACGCUACGAGAAGCAGAAAAAUUCCAAAGCGCCUUCUCGUGAUAACGAUGCAUACAUAUACGGCGCAUACGGUUACCCUAUCGUCUACCCGGUUUACGUGCCAUACUACGCGGAUCCUAGCUGCGACUAUAAUCAAGCUCAAUCUGGGGGGGCCUGCGCGGCGAGCACAUGUUCCGCGAGCACGAGCUUGGGCGGCUGUGCUGGGGGGGACGGGACACCGCGCUGUAGUGCGAGCUGUGGUGGGCAGGGGCACGCUCCUGGGGGGUGUGGAAUUCUUGCAGCGGGGAAUGGUGGAAACGGAGAUGGUGGUGGCGAUGGCGGUGGUGAUGGAGGGUGUGGUGGCUGCGGCGGCUAG